AUGAGCGUCACUCAGCUCAUCGAAAAGCACUUCCAAACCCUCAGAUCCGACCCCCAAACCUGGCGCACCCUCUGGGCCCCCGACGCCAUCCUGGAAAUGCCAUACGCAGCCGCUCCCCACCCCACCAGGGUGGAGGGAAUCGAUGCCAUCGCCACUACGGCAUGGUGGUUUGCCAUGUGCAUGGCAGACGACUUCAACGUGCAGAUCAAAAAGAUGUACCCAGUGGAAGGCGACGACGCAGCGUUUGUCGAGUACGUUAUGGUUGGAACGGUGAAGACGACGAGGAAGCUGUAUGAGCAGGACUAUAUCUCGUAUUUUCGCGUUGAGAAUGGCAAAAUUGUGUUGUUUCGGGAGUAUUUUGACACUGCCCGAGUAGCAGCUGCUUUCACGACUGAUUAG